UUUCACUGCAGUAGGAAUGCCGCUAGACGCCACAUUGAUAAUCCACACACGUCUUUACUCAGACAAUUAAACAUAAUGGAUAUAAUCUUUAAGGUACUUUUUCUGUAUCAUCUUUGUCAGUUUUGUACUGCAAACUGCAAUGGGGAGUUCCAAGGCCAGUGCUAUACAUUUGAAUGCGGGAAUUCUGAUAUAGACGAUGCGGUGGAUAGCUGUAACUCAGUUGGCGCUACACUUGUAUCAAUCCAUUCAAUGGAGGAACAAGAAUUUGUCAGAGAGCUAGUUAGAGAUUCCAUUCAUUCUAAAGUGUUUAUAGGACUCAUAUUAGAAUACUCGACAAGGGAAUAUUAUUGGACAGAUGGGAGUGAUGUUGAUUACAUGACUGAUGCGAAUGACUUCGAAGAGAGAUCGUGGGAGUUUUGCACCGCUUUAGAUGGAAGCAGGAACUACGAUUGGGAAGAAGUUAGAUGUAGUGAUAAUCACUGUGGUAUAUGUAAACAAGUUCUUGAUGAAGAGGCUCCAGUUAUAACAUGCCCGGAUGCAAUUAGUGACGUGGCGGAUCCAAACCAAUCGUAUGCAGCCAUGACAUUAGAUAAUGCUGAGGCCACGGAUAACAUAGGCGUGACUCACCUGUACUGUAGCCGAAUCGGUUCAUCCCAGCUUAAUAUCGGAUUGACAACAAUAACAUGUACAGCAACAGACGCUGCGAAUAACCAAGCUCAGUGUACAUAUGACGUCACGGUUACUGAUACACAACCACCUACUAUUAAUUUUUGUCCUGGCACCGUGGUAGGGGCUAUCUCGGCUUCUGCUUCUACGGCUCCUGUUUCCUGGUCAAAUCCAAGUUUUGUAGAUAACUCUGGAGUUUCGCCAUCCGUGACCAGUACACAUAAUAGUGGCGACACAUUUCCAUUAGGCGAUACGACCGUGACGUUCACUGCUGUGGAUAAUGCUGCCCUCACAGUUCAAUGUACAUUCAUUGUAAGAGUAGAAGAUAAUACACCACCUGUGUUUACAAACUGUCCAUCUAAUAUCAUCGUUAACACCAGUCCUGGUGAGGCAGCUGGUUCUGCGUCAUGGGAUGUAUUGGAGGCUACGGAUAACAGUCUGGUUGCGCCAGUUAUAAACGACCCCUCGCUUAUUGGCGGAAACUAUCCGAUCGGGGACCACAAUAUUGCAUUCACCGCAACUGACUUCUCAGGGAACUCGAGGACUUGCGCAUUUAUCGUCACAGUCAUAGAUAAUGAAUCUCCUGUGUUUAAUAACUGCCCUGCAGACCAAUCAUUACCGACGGAUGCACUUCUACCUACGACCACCGUAACUUGGACCGAGCCUACAGCAACGGAUAACUCGGGUUUAAAUCCCAACAUUCACCAGACGCAUCACCCCAACGACGUGUUUAGACUGGGAUCAGAAUAUGUUGUAUACACGGCCUUGGAUUUAAGCGGAAAUAAUAAACAGUGUACCUUUUCCGUAACGGUUUUGGAUUCUGAAGCUCCUAUAUUCCAUAAUGGACCAAGUAACGUAGUCGUCAACACGCAGCCAGGUCUACCUUCAGCCCCCGUCACGUGGCCGCUGGCAGAUAUUGCACAAGACAACUCGCAAGAGUAUCCUACCAUCAAUUGCACCUACAUCUCAGGACAUAACUUCAGAUUUGGAAACUAUUCUGUAGAUUGUACUGCUACAGAUGCUGCAGGGAAUUACGCUGUUCACACAUUUCAUGUGGCAAUAAUAGACGAAGAAAUUCCCUCAUUUCUCAGUCAACCCGAAGACAUUCUAGUCGAAACGGAUCCCUGGCAACCGUAUGCACAUAUAGAUUUGUGA